AUGAGUUUCAUCGAGAAGGUCUGGAGUGAGGUCAUGGGGAGCUCCCCGCAGCUCCCUUCAUCCUUGGAGAAGAGCAUCUCGACCUCUCCUAGAAGCUCGCUGGAACGUUACGACAGCGCGGGAAGUCCGCUUGCUUCUCCAAAUGAAGGCUCAUAUCACGGGAUUCCACCGCUGAAUCUCGACGAACGGCGUAAGAGCGCAGAUAUGGCAUCUGAUGGUCGGACAGUAAUGCCGAGAAUCACCAAGAGCAUCUCCAUUGCUCCACAGCAGCCAAAGACGGCUCGCCGACUCGACACGUCUCGCUCUCUGCCAGCUCACUACGACACUGGACUUUCCAACUUGCCUUCCCCUGCGUCCCGCAAGGGAGAGAACGUCUGGCGCAGUGUGUUUCACCCCGGAAGCAACAAGGCUGGGAUGGAUCGCGUUGGUGCUACCAGAUUUGACAAGGCUAGCUCGUCGGAGCCGUCCGUGUUCGACUGGCUGUACAACCCCAAGUCGAAGUCGCAGUACCGUUAG